AUGAACUUUUCAAGGCCCACCGCUCAUCAAUCUGCUACACCUCAACUAACACACCACAUCCAAGCCGACGAGGCCCAACGACUGACAGCAGCAGCAAACGAUCACGACAGUGCCGAUACGAAUACGACGGCGGGCGGACCUAACGUCGGGAUUGUCGUGGCCCGCAUCGAAAACAUCCUGUCGCAAAUCAUUGACUCCGUCUCCGCCUGCCAAGAGCUGUCAAUCGCUUUCACGCCGCGGAGACCGGCGCGGAGCCGUGGUCAGCCUGAUGAGGUCCGCUUCCCCGGCCGAAACCAGCAAGAGGCCGUCAAGUUUGCACGCAUCCUUCUUAUUCUCCAGUUAUCACAUGACGCUCUUGUGUCUGGGACAAUUCUGACGAAGCGGCACAUCUUUUACCAACAUCAGGAUCUAUUUGAGAGGCAGACCCAAGUUGAUGACCUUGUGGACGACAUUGCCUUCACUUUAGGCAUUGGCCGCGCUGAUUUGAACAUUGUUGCAGCUUCGAAGGGUGUCUUGGCCGGUCCAUUGACCAUUCACCUGACCGAUGGCACAUCUCUGGAUCCCUGUUCUGGCGACCUGGGAGUUGCCAUCCCGGCCAUCCAGUCAGUCUCUGCAGUCCACCUCCACCAUGUCAAGUGGUUUCUAGUCGUCGAAAAGGAUGCCAUCUUCCGAUCCUUGUGCUCAUCUCAAUUCUGGAGAAACUCAUUGUUUGGCCCUGGUGUGCUCGUCACCGCCAAAGGAUACCCUGAUCUGACCACUCGUUCGUUCUUGAACUAUAUCAGCACGCGCCAUCCUCAAUUGCCAAUGCUCGCAUUGGUAGACUACGACCCCGACGGUGUCCGAAUUUUGAGAUGCUACCGUCACGGAUCCGAUAGACUGAGCCACGAAGCUGACCUCGAUACGCAAGCAAUUCAAUGGCUGGGCAUCAAAUCCGACCAGUUGAUUCAAGAGUGCGCCGACACCAAUUCUAUAGACCCGCGUCUUUUUUACCAGAGCAGCCAGUCUACACAAGUGUCCAUUACAUCUACCGCGUGCCGCGAGCCCAUAUCGUAUUUGGGUCUGAGGGAGCGAGGGGUGGCAGUUUCGGCUCUCAAGAAGCUAGGAAGCUUUUCGUCGAGUGACACUGAAACACUCGAACUGAGGCGAGAGCUUCAGGUCAUGAUUGCCCUUGGAGUCAAAGCUGAGAUCGAGUGGCUUGAUGAGUCUGGGGAUCUAUGUCGAUGGCUGGACAAUGAGAUAGGCACUGCUCUGUCUUUCAGCCCUACCCUAUGA